AUGCUUAGAGAAUUAUCAAGAAAGAAGUUUAAAAAUAUAAAGCAAGUUAUUAAGCUAAAUACUAUAACUGUAUGUCAAAUAAUAAAAAUAGACAAUGAUUUUAUAGAUCUUAGUCUUAAGAAAGUAGAUGAAGUUGAGAAAGAUGCUAUGAUGAAAUUGUUUAAGAAAAAUAAAAUUGCUUAUCAAAUUGUUGAUAAAGCUGCUAAAUUAUUGAAAGAACCAGUAGCAACCAUUUAUAAAGAAAAGUGUUAUGUGGAAAUGGAGAAUCAUAGAACUUUAUUUAAGUAUUUUGUAUACUUAAAUAGUUUAAUAAUGAAAAAUGUAAAUUUGACUGAUAAGUAUGAACAAGCCUUUAGAGAUGUGAUAAUCAAAGAUUAUACACCACAAAGUUACCACUUUAGAACAGUUGUAGAUGUUGCAAAUAGUAAAAAAAAUGGCGUUGGUAAGAUUAAAAAAGUGUUUGAUAAAGUGAUGGAAUUUGAUAAAAAAUUAGAAAUACACUUAUUAAGUGCACCCACCUAUAAUAUUACAAGGACAUGUGUUAAUAGGGAUGAUGGUUUAGAUAUUAUUAAAAAAGCCUUAGUUAUGAUAGAAAAUGAUAUUAAGGAGUGCGGUGGAAAAUUUCUUUUAGUAGCACCGCCUAGAACAGUUAAAGAUAAAUCUAAAAGAAUUUUGUUAAUUAAUGAAGAUUCAAGUAGUGAUGAUUAUGAAGAAUUUGAAUAA